AUGUUUGUAGGCACGCUUACAGGUAUUGCAUUAAAAUGGUUCAGUCGAUUACCUGAUAGGUCAAUAACCGAUUUUAAUGUUCUAUCGCGAAAGUUUGUCACCCAAUUUGCAGCUAAUAAGGUCAAUCCCCCAACAAUAGUCGAUCUGUUAAACGUUCAUCAAGGACUAGGUGAAACUCUGAAGGAAUACUUGACCAAGUUUAGUCAAGAAGCCGCUAAGAUCCCCGACAUAGAUGAGAAAAUGAUCGUUGUAGCGUUAAGGAAAGGCUUAAGGUUGGGACCAUAUGGUGAAUCACUAAUUCACAACGCGGUCAAAACCAUGACAGAAGCUCUACCUAGGGCGAUGUAUUACAUAAAAGUUGAGGAAAGUGAAAUGAGGAAAAGAGAGAUGGAGAAACAAACAAUCAAUAAUGCUAAGCCCUUGGGUGGAAAUCAAUACCUAAAACCUAAGAGUAAUUGGGCCAAGAGAGAAGACUAA